AUCCCAUCCACUCUCAUUCAUAUAAAAAAAUAAAUAAAAAUGGCUUGUUCUAUCCGCUCAACUAAACACAAAACUUAGAUAGCUAUAUGCCUAUAUCUAUGUAAAUAUGGAUAAGACCAUCCUGUCCGACCUUGCCCGCAAUCCAAACACACCUUGACUUUUGGGUGCACUUUGUUCUAGUGCUGGCUUCCACAUUUGACUUAUUGUCCUUGUUCUUCUCUAUUGGAUUUAGAAAUGUUUUCCUGGUUGUCCAUAUAACUGCAUCUAACUAAUUCAGAGCCUGCAUGAUAAUUCUGCUUUGCUUUUUUUUUUUUUUUACAAAUUUGCAUUUAAUAAUUUAUCACCUAUGCACAUACCGAUUAACAAAGAUAUUUUGUAUGCAUAUAUCAUGAUUUUUGCAGUAAGGCAUUAUUUGUCACAUUGUCCAUCUUGCAGGGUGCUGAGCAUCCCAGAUGUCCCUGGUACCGUCAUUCAAGCUACGCAAAGUUCAUGCAAUGUAUUUGUUGUGUCCAAACGGAGACUAAUUAUGAAACUCGCAAGAUAUCCUCAAAAGAGCGAGUCUAACACAAACUUGAGGAUCGAGUCCAUUAGCCAUGAAACAUUUGCACUAUCACAUAGGAGUUUACUGUUUGACAACUUUGCUAGUGAUGAAGCACAAUCAGAUUCAUUCUCCCAAUCCCACAGCUCAUAUAGUGCUUCUAAUGUUGUUCCAAGUUCAGAAAGUUCCGAACAAGUUGCUUCGGGAAGUUCAGGAAUAAAUGCCGCAGGAACACAAGGUAGUAAGAACUAUGAUUCUCUUAGCUCCUUGGGGGAAGCUCUGUGUGCUGCCUCAAACUCCAGCGAAGAGUGCCAAUCUACAGAUGAAGUGUCCAAACUAAGGAAGGAGCUGCAGGAAACCUUAGUAGUCUAUGAUAAAGCUUGUAUAGACCUCGUCAAUGUUAAGAAAAAGAUUCAGGUACUUUCUGUCGAGUGUUCUGAAGAGGCUAGGAAGGUGGAGCAUGCACUAGAGUGGGAGGAAGCUUUGAAGCAGAUGGUAUCUGAUGAGAAGGCGAAACAGCUGAAGGUCAUCAUUGAAGUUGAGCAAGCAAGAAAAUCAUUCACCCGAGAGGCUUAUUCAAGGUACAAGACAGAAAUGGCUACCAGCAUGAUCUCUCAGGAUAAGGUGCAGAUUGUUGAUGCUAUUUUGUCAAAGAGCAGAAGUUGCAGGCGGUAUUCGAAGAAAGAUAUAGAGCUUGCCACUGAUAACUUCUCUGAAGAAAGGAAGAUUGGCGAGGGGGGUUAUGGCAAUGUGUACAGGUGCACCCUUGAUCACACUGAGGUGGCUGUGAAGGUCAUUCAGGAAGACUCCAUUGACAAAACUGAUGAGUUCUUGAAGGAGGUUGAGAUUCUUAGCCAGCUUCGCCAUCCCAACCUGGUUUUGUUGCUUGGUUUCUGUCCAGAAAUUGGCUGUCUGGUAUAUGAAUACCUGGAGAAUGGAAGCCUAGAAGAUCAGCUCUUCAACACCAAAGGGUGCCAACCACUGCACUGGUUCCUCCGGUUCCAGGUCAUCUUUGACGUGUCCUGCGGACUCGCAUUCUUGCACGCAAGAAACCCCGAGCCUAUUGUCCACCGUGACCUGAAACCGGCCAACAUCUUACUGGACAGGAACUACGUGGGCAAGAUCGGCGACGUCGGUUUCGCAAAGCUCAUCUCUGAUCUUGUGCCCGACUGGCAAACCGAGUACAAGGAGACGAUCGUCGCCGGCACACUGUACUACAUGGACCCUGAGUACCAGCAGACCGGCACCGUUCGUCCCAAAUCUGACGUGUUCGCGCUGGGAGUUGUCAUCCUGCAACUCCUUACCGGCAGACGCCCAAAUGGGCUCAUUGUUAGCGCAGAAAACGCUGUGAGAAAUGGCAGGCUCUCUGACAUUCUCGACAGGUCUCAGACUGAUUGGCCGCUUGAUGAGGCAGAGAUGUUUGCCAGGCUCGGAUUGAGAUGCACGGCAUUGAAAUGCAGGGAUAGGCCUGAUCUUGAGUCAGAGGUGCUGCCGAAACUCGAUGAGAUUCUGCACAGGAUAACUUCUGCUGUCAAUUUGAGAAACCCAAAACUGAGUGUACCAAGUCACUUCAUCUGUCCUAUAACACAGGAGUUAAUGGAGGAUCCUCAUGUCGCCGCAGAUGGCCACACCUACGAGCAUUACGCGAUCAGAGCUUGGCUCAAGAGGCACAAGACAUCGCCUGUUACGAGGAGGAAGCUGCCGAAUUCGUCCAUAGUCCCGAACCAUUCCUUGCGUGCCGCGAUACAGCAGUGGAAGUCACAAUUACCAGCUCAGACAAACGAGUGAAAUGGGAGUCAGGUUCAUAUCUCUUCUUGAUUCAGCUGUUAAUAGUGGUGAAAUUGUUUUCGCGAACACGCAAGAAGCCUUUGCUUUUCGGAUGUUAACUUGUUCAAAACCUGUAAAUGAGAAAGGGGCAGCUGUAAAGCAGAGAAUCACGAAGGAUAAUUUUGUAAUUGGAGUGAUAGGUUUUGUGGCCAUAAUAAUGGUCAUCAGUUUUGGAA